AUGGGUCCGUGGCGGACAAAACUGGGCGCUCCUCUCGUCCGCUCCUUCCCUCUCGUGUCCGGCCUGGACCCACCGGGCAGCGACCCGCACUUCUUGCCAUAUGAGGACUUGAGGUGCAGGCCACAACGGGAUUGUGGCGGGCGGCGCGAGAGAAACGCGGUGGCUGCGGCGGGCGGCCGGCCGGUGGUGCGGGCCAUGGCGACGGAGGAGCGCAGCGGGCAGCCGGCCGGUGGCGGAGGAACGCGGCGGCGCGGCGAGCCGGUGGGCCGGUGGCGGAGGCCCGCACGACCACCACCACCACGGCAUCCUCGUCGCUCUACUCCCUACCCGUACCCCGUUCCCUACCCGUACCCUGCUCGCCCCACCACCACCUCCUCCUCCGCCUCCACUUCCCCCAGCCAGCCCAGUUCGCCGUCGCCGCGGGCGACCUCGAGCUCGUCUCCGGCCCCCGUCCGGCCUCUCGUGCAACCACGGGUCGCUACGGCUACCGGGAGUACCUGCUGCCGCACCGCGGCGACGGCCUCCUGCGCCUCUGUGUCUCGCCGCGCCUGGCCUCGCCGCGCCCGACCCCGGCAGCGCUCGGCCUCGCCCCAACCCGCCAGGCCUCGCCGCGUCCGACCCCGGCAGCGCCCGGCCUCGCCCCGCCCCGCCCCGCCAGGCCUCACCGCGCACGACCCCGGCAGCGCCUGGCCUGGCCUCGCCCCGCCGCGCCAUGCUUGUGGCGCUCGCCGUGCCGCCCCUGCCGUGGGGUUCGAGCUCGCCCGGCGGCCUCCUCGCGCGCUGCGAGCUCCCCUGCCCUACCUGCAACGUGUUUGA